ACUGUGGACAUAGUACAGGAGAUGAACAGAGACUGUGGACAAGUGCAGGAGAUGACCAGAGACUGCAGACAUAGUACAGGAGAUGACCGGAGACUGCGGACAGAGUACAGGAGAUGACCAGAGACUGCAGACACCGUACAGGAGAUGGCCAGAGACUGCGGACACGGUACAGGAGAUGACCGGAGACUGUGGACACGGUACAGGAGAUGACCGGAGACUGUGGACACGGUACAGGGGAUGACCAGAGACUGCGGACACGGUACAGGGGAUGACCAGAGACUGCGGACACGGUACAG